AUUCGAAAUGGAUGGACGCAUUGUUUCGCUCAUCAUCCUUUUACUUUGCUUAUUAACAAAUGCCAGGGACGCAAAUGUGAUUAGACGAAAAAGAAUUGUCGGCGGUACACCGGCCGUGCAGCCUCCCGAGGACGACCCAGUAGUUUUUGUGAAUAAAAACGAUCGACACGCGCGUAUUACCGGCAUCCGCGAUCCUGACAAGGGAUUCUAUGUUUUUCGUGGAAUCAGAUUUGGACAGCCACCAACCGGUCGAGCUAGAUUCCAGCGAGCUUCGCCUAUGUAUCUCGAAGGAGAAUACAACGCCACUACGUGGGGACCUCCUUGUCCUCAGCCCAGCCACAAUGAAACCAAUAAAAUUAUCGGAAGCGAAGAUUGCCUCUUUCUGAACAUCUUCACCCCAUCGCUUCCAGAUUCUAGUGGCGGUUAUCCUGUGCUGGUAUGGAUCCACGGGGGUGGUUUUAGAAGAGGUACGGCGUGUCAAUACGAAAUGAGACACCUGAUUAAGAAGAAUUUGAUUGUCGUAUCUAUCCAGUACAGAUUGGGAACGCUAGGAUUUUUAAGCACAGGUACACAGGAAAUGCCGGGAAACAACGGUAUGUUCGACAUGGUGCUAGCCAUCGACUGGGUGAAAAAUUACAUACAUUUCUUCGGUGGUGAUCCAAACAAGGUCACAGCCUUCGGUCACGGUACUGGCGCCAGUUCCGCUAUGAUGCUGUCCUUAUCAAAAUUCUGCGAAAAUUACUUCCAUGGUUUAAUCGCGAUGUCCGGGACCAUUUUAUCUCACUUCGCUGUCGACAAGGAUCCUUCUAAAACCGCCAGACACAUAGCUCAGAAAAACGGUUGUCCAACAAACGAUACUCGCAGAAUGGUGGACUGCCUGCGAGAAUUGCCAGUCGAAAAAUUGAUCAGCACCGAUUCCGAGUUGGAGAACACCCGUACAACUGUCCGAGGUUUCGUCUCUGGCUUAGCCAGUCUGCUUGGACCUGGUCCUGUUAUAGAAGGUUCCAACGAUGGGAGAUCACUUCCGAAUUUCAUGACCGCAUCACCAGAAGAUUCUUUAAGGCUUGGCAAUUUUCCGUCUAUACCACUAUUAACGGGAGUUAUGAAGGAUGAAACAGGAGGUGCAAUUUUCGGUCAAUACAAAGACGAAGUGCAAAACAAACUGAGCACGGUUCCGGAUUAUUUGACCAAUGAUUUCAUACCAUAUUUGCAAGGGACUAUCCCAAAUAUGCAAAACGGAUCGUGGUUCGUCCCGCAAGCUUUCCGCGGCUACCUUAACAUAUUCCAAGGUGAUGGCACACCGAAUAACGUUGGGAAAGUUGCGGAAGCUUUGGGCGAUUCACUCUACAAUGCUCCCGCAUUUUUGACCGUUGACUACUGGUCUAAAAGAGCAAAUACGUUUUUAUAUACUUUUGAUCACAAGGGAAAAAGAAGUUAUGGCAAAGACUUUCUCACUGGAUUGCCAAUCGUCGAUGCCAAGCGGUCCUUGGAUGGUAAUUUAAAUCACGGCGAUGAUCUAGGAUUCAUCUUUAAUAGAAACACAAUUACUGGCGAAAAAGUGAGCGAUGGCAGAGAGCUUGACAAAGCAGAUGAACGCGUAACUGAUAUUUUUACAGAUAUGAUAGCAAAUUUUGCGAGAAGUGGCACGCUUAGUACACCUACUACAAAUGUACGUUCUAAUGACAGCACUUGGGUGCCAGACAUAAUUCCAAGAUUCUCAGAUGACACAAAUUCCUUUGUCAGCAUCACGACAGCCCCAAAAAUCAUGGAUAAUUUUAGAUACUGCGAAAUGGGAUUGUGGACAGCUGUACCAGAACGAUUACAAUCACCCACAUGCAGUUUAUACAAAGUACCUCUUCAAUUAAUACAACAAGGUGCCAAAGAAACAAUAUCUAUAAUUCAAAAACCUAUCGACACACUUAACACAUUUGUUCCUAAGUCUGGCAAUACCGCAGACAAAUCGACAGAUCAGAAUACUGAAAAACCGAAAGAAGAUACAACGAAACAAAAAACGAAUAACAGAUUAUUACCGCAAAUACCUAUACCGCAGAUACCAUUUGGCGGUUGAAUUAUUCACAACACAUG